AUGGCUCAUAUUGAAGAAAGCAAUAAGGGCUCGUGGCAAGCUUGUGACCCAUUGAUACAUUUGGCUACACACACGCCAAUUCAGGCUCGACAACUAGAAGGUGUAGCUCAAGGAGCUUUUCAUUCGAUGGCACAUCAAGGAGCCUGGCGAUACCCGCCUUCUUUCGUGGGCGGGAUCACAGCGCCACAGCCGCCAAUUUUACGGCAACCGUGGCAACAGCCUUCGGCUACUGAUUGGGCAAGCGCAGCUAAUAAUAACACGAAAGUUGAUUGGGAGAAGUGGAGUCCAAGUGCCGGGAUUGACGUGCCACGUCCUAUGGCACAGCUAGGAACGAUCAUGACGUCAGCUCCUCUGCCGUCUCCAAGUGCGGUAACGCCAAAAAGUAUAGAAAAGGAAGAAGUAAUGGAUCAAGAUCCAGCAUAUAGCACACAUAGUCCAAAAGAGGAAGAACGACAAUCAUCUGAGAACACUGCCUCGUAUGAUGUCUCUGCUUCACAAUCACCGUCAGACGGUGAAUCGGAGCAUCAUGGCGCAAUGGAUCGUCAACUUGCUCAACAAGACAACAGCAUAGAUGUAGAUGUUGAUUCUGAUGCCGUGAAUACACCGCUGCGACAACCAGCUGUAGCUGUUUCACCUAGUGAUCAACAGCAAGCUUCACCGCAGAAGACGUCUACAGACUGGAUAGCAGCCAAUGUGAAAGUAGAAAUCGAAAGAGAUGACUUAGAACCUGAAAAAAUGGACACGCUAGGAGCCGAGGAUCAUCGUGACAAUAAGGAAGAUGCUUCAAAACUUCUGCUGAAAUACACGCAAGAGUCCUUCAGCAAGCUGACCGACGCCAUUGUUGCCGCCGGGCAUGAACGCAAUGAGUUCGUGCAGAGCAACAACAGUGCCUUCAGUAACCCGGAACAACCUAAGUCUGAGGAGCCUACGACGUCUUCGGAUCAAGCUGGAAGCAGUGGCAAUACUAACAGCAACAGCAACAACACAAAUAGCACGAAUAGCAAUACUGGGUCAUCAUCUACAAACCAUAGCAGCACAUCGUUCUGUAGACCACCAGGAUUAGGACCUUCAUUGGUACCAACUCCUACCGGUCAAGGAAUGCCAUUAGUCUGUCCCAUUUGUGGAUUUAGCUCAAACUCCAAGUUCCACUACAAUUCACAUAUGAAUACUCAUGGAGAUCAUCAAUGCAGCAUGUGUGAUUACACCAGUCGCACCGAAGGACGACUUAAGAAGCACAUGCGUGAAUCGCACACAGUGGAGGAGCAACUGGCUGUUGGCUUAGAGAUCGAAUCUCGGGAUGCCUCUACACCGACGACGUCAUCGGCUGCCAGUAGCAUCAGUACGACUUCGCUGAAUUCCUGUGGAGCUACCUCUCCAUCCGCUGUCUCUUCAGCCGCAGCUACCAUAGUGGCUUCUCCUUUUACGGAUACGUCGUCUUUAUCCACGACUAUGGCCUCAUUAGUUGAUGCAGCCAAUGCUGCUGCUGCUCAAGCUGGAAACAGUCUACCUGAAAAUAGCAUCGUGUCUUCAAUUGCCCUGUCUUUAGCUGAAAAUCUCACUUCUUCCAGCUUACUCAACUCCAUGGCACCCAUGCUUCAAUCUUCAGCUCUCGAUCAGAUUCGUGUUUUGGCUGAAAAGUCACCGAUCCUGAAUAGCGAGAAUAGCGUCAAUUUGGCUAAUGCUCUGGGAGCUAUGGUUCAAAUGGAUGAAGCUACAGCUGCUGAAGUUGGAAGUACAGGAGCUAGCUCUACAGGCGGUAACAACGGACCAAGUGGAAGUGGAUCAUCCGGAAAUCCCGAGCCUCGUCGUAAUAGCAACGGAAAGAUUAAGCAAUUGAAAUGCAAGCAGUGCCCACACAUUUCUUACUCCAAAGACGAUCAAUGGGCUCAUGCAAGAACUCAUAUCCCCGCUGAUAAACAAAUGAAUUGUCCGAAAUGUAAUUUCGUAACUGAAUACAAGCAUCAUUUGGAAUAUCACAUCCGAAACCAUCUGGGAAGCAAGCCAUUCCAAUGUAAGAAGUGCUCAUAUCAAUGUGUGAACAAAUCUAUGUUAAACUCACAUAUGAAGAGUCACACUAAUGUUUAUCAGUUCCGUUGUAUGGAUUGUACAUAUGCCACAAAAUAUUGCCAUAGUCUCAAGUUGCAUCUCCGAAAAUACGAACAUCGACGAGUACCAGAAGGUGUGGAAGUUGGUGAUCCUUCUCCAGGAUCCAGUAGUCAGGCGGAAAGCACUGGUACCAGUAGCUCAUAUCAGGUCAAUCAGUUCCAAAGCUCAUCUCCCUCAACGAGCUUAGUUCAGUCUCUGGGAUUAGCCACUCCUAUUGUCACUAGUCAAAGUCUUAACUAUGCCAGUCAAAUGCUUCUUCGACAACAUCAGAUGGAGCAGCAGCUCAACCUUAUCAACGGGCUCGCAGGGUUAUCACAACCUUCUCAACUCAAUUGUGCCAUUUGCGACUUCCAAACGACUUCGCAAGAUGAGUUGCUAAGACACAACGUUUCUCAUCUCAUGACAGCUGGAGCUGCUAAUGGACAAUCACCUAUUGUUAGUUUGUAUCAGUCCCUCCCUCAAAUGUCUGGACUCAUGCCAUCCGUCCAAAACACUGAAGGAGCUGAUGCUGACGAACAAGUGAACGUUGACACCCAAAACGAGUCAGAGAGCGGACUUGUUGGAGACGAUGAUAUGGACGGUUCAAGUGGAAGCACUAACAGUCCCGCUGAAAGCACUAAAGGAGAAAGCAGUUCUGCAGAUGAAUCAGAGUCUCGUAAACGCAAAGGAUUCAAAGUCGAUCAGAUCGGCGAACGUCUCCUAGGCAAGAGCCCAUCAGCCAGCGAAUGCGAGAGCACCUGUGAAGACAAAGAAACUGAUGAGCAAAUGGAUGCCUCAAGUACUCCAUCGGAAGGCUUAUUAAUAGCUCAACCACAGCCUCAACAACCUUCAUCCAUAUCUUCACUGCCUGUCUCAUCAGCGUUUUCUCAGCUGACACCUGAUAAUAAGCUUCAAAUAUUCCAACAAGCAUGCUUAGCCCAAAUAUCAAAUGUUCUCCAAGGCAAACGAGAUGAGCCAUCAUGGCAAUUCCAAUGUCAGCACUGCCGUAUGGCUUUCCAGGAACAAGCCAUGUACCAAAUUCAUAUGGGAUAUCACGGUUAUGAACAUCCAUUCAAAUGUAAUCGAUGUGGAUAUGUGGCUAAUGAUGCCCUGACUUUCAACCUUCACCUGCUCCAGGCUUCUCACGAGUAA